AUGGACAAAAGUUGCUCACGCCGCUAUGUUCUGGAAUUUGAGGCAGUUCCAUUCAAGGACCCCACCGCGAGCACUCCACGAGUAAGACACCCCUACAAGCGUCCUGUCCGCUUCCUCUUCUUCACUGCUCACGGUACUCAAGCCGGCAUCAAGCUCACUGAAGCUCCGCCUAGACGGGUCGGAUCCAGCAUCUCAAAACUCGUCGUCCUUUGCGGCGUCUCCGAUGCUGUCAGUGGAGCAUUCGGAAAAUUCUUGAACAUGGUCGACCCAUCACUUCUGGUACGACAACAUUCGCCCAAUCAUCGCCGCCAUCGUUGCAGCGGCUCGGGAGAAGAAUCAGGCGACCCCGAGGGCCUGGGUGCGCAAACUCGCAUCCGCAGAAGUGGGGUUGAGGCUCGAAUCGAUAUUUUCCACAGGGCGUACCGAGUAGAGUUUGUGACUAUACCAUUCCAGGUACCAGUGCAUCGGGUGGAAUCGUAA